CUCACAGGGAGGGCGAGGAGGAGCCAAGGGGCCUAGAAGGCUUCGCCGAAACUGUGUGGGGCUGGCGGCCGGCGGGAGAGGCGGCCGGACUGGACUGGCCCGAGAAGGACCCCAGUUCCCAGAACAGCCCUAGGAGGCGGCCUCGAGGGCGGACGGCAGGGAGGGCCAGCAUGCCCCCACUGCUGCACCCCGCCCUGCCGCUGCUCCUGGGCGCCACGCUGACCUUCCGGGCGCUCCGGCGCGCGCUCUGUCGCCUGCCCCUACCCGUGCACGUGCGCGCCGACCCCCUGCGCACCUGGCGCUGGCACAACCUGCUCGUCUCCUUCGCUCACUCCAUUGUGUCGGGGAUCUGGGCACUGCUGUGUGUAUGGCAGACUCCCGACAUGUUGGUGGAGAUUGAGACGGCGUGGUCACUUUCUGGCUACUUGCUCGUUUGCUUCUCUGCAGGGUAUUUCAUCCACGAUACGGUGGACAUCGUGGCUAGCGGACAGGCGCGAGCCUCUUGGGAAUACCUUGUUCAUCACAUCAUGGCCAUGGGUGCCUUCUUCUCCGGCAUCUUUUGGAGCAGCUUUGUCGGUGGGGGUGUCUUAACACUACUGGUGGAAGUCAGCAACAUCUUCCUCACCAUUCGCAUGAUGAUGAAAAUCAAUAAUGCCCAGGAUCAUCUCCUCUACCGGGUUAACAAGUAUGUGAACCUGGUCAUGUACUUUCUCUUCCGCCUGGCCCCGCAGGCCUACCUCACCCAUUUCUUCUUGCGUUAUGUGAGCCAGAGGACCCUGGGCACCUUCCUGCUGGGUAUCCUGCUCAUGCUGGACGUGAUGAUCGUCAUCUACUUUUCCCGCCUCCUCCGCUCUGACUUCUGCCCUGAGCGUGUCCCCAGGAAGCAACACAAAGACAAGUUCUUGACUGAGUGAGAGGCACAGAGCCUGGGACAACAAAAAUGGACAAGGCCAGAAACAGCUUCCCAUGGACACUGGGACUUAGUCCCAAGCCUGGGUGUCCUCUAGGGCCAGCCUCUCCACCUUCCAAGCCUGCGCCCACACUAUUGAAAACACUAAUGAAAGUACUCCUCUGAA